AUGCUGAUGACAGACGCAAGGAAAUCCGUAGUUUAUGUUGUCGCUGAUCUUUGGCCGUUCCCUGAGAAAGCAAAAGAAGCUAAACAAAUCUUAAUUGCAGUCGUACCCGAAGCAAAAAAAGAACGAUCGUGUCUGAAAUAUGAAUUAUGCGAAAAUUACAACGAUCAGGCGCAGUUGACACUGCUUCAAGCUUGGUCAACCGAAGAAGCCCUCGAAGCUCAUCUCAACGGCGAAUUAAUCACGAAAGCCAGUGAAAAUCUUCGAACGCUUCUCGCUCUACCAACAGUCAUCCGGCGGUAUAAAAAUAUCGGCUAA